AUGCACCACCCACAAGAGACCUUGUACAAGGCAGCGUUUGUUACGUUGAUCCAAGGAGACAGUGUUGACGAUUUUGGACCUUUAUUACGUACAGUGCGUGAUCUCGAAGAUAGCUUCAACCAUGCGCAUGGAUAUCCUUUUGUGAUCUUUUCAGUGGAUCCAUUGAGUACGCGUGCAAAGGAACUGGUCGCGUCAUUGACAUCCGGCACUGUCCAUUUUGAAACGUUACACGGCCAGCAACAAUUUUAUGGCUAUGGAUCUGACACUCAGCUUGGAAAAGCCGUCAAGGCACGCCAUCAAUUGAAAGAUCAAGUGGAUGAGGGAGAUAGCAAGACGUUUCGAUUCAAUGCAAGGUUCAUCGCAGGCACCCUCUACCAGCAUCCUGCGCUCAAGGACCUUGAUUAUUAUUGGCGGUUCCAACCUGGCACACACUACCCCUGUCCCAUCUUUGAAGAGACGAAGGAUCCCUUUUAUUACAUGUACAAGCAUCAGAAAAAGUUAUCGUUUUCGCUCACGGUGCGUGAACCCACUCAAGCAGCACCCACCUUGUUCCAAACGGUUACCGAUUAUAUAGAGCAACAUCCUGAAAUCCAGUCCCGGCUCUCGCAGCGUGAUAGUCUAUGGCCACUUGUAGCUAGCAAAGAGGAUGGGCAAUACACACAAUGUGAAUUCUCUAGUAGCUUCCAGAUUGCCGAUCUUUCGUUCUUUAGGAGCGAGCAGUACCAAUCCUUUUUUGAUCACAUUGACAAGGCCAAUGGCAUCUUUUAUGAGAGAUGGAGUGAUUCCGCUAUUCAGUCCAUGGGCGCCGCCUUGUUUUUGAAGAAGCAGGAUAUUCAUCGAUGGAAGGAUAUUGGUUAUCGUGGAUUGGGAGGUUUACUGUAUUGCCCUACGAACUCGGAUCUUUGGUCAAGAUGUGAUUGUAGACCUGAUUACAACUUUGAUGAUUCCCACGCUUGCUUAUCAUUCCUUGCAUAA